UGCUGGAGAACGCGGCUAGGGGCCAGCUAGGGUCGUGUGGGCGGCGGCGGCAGCCCGGAGCGUCCUUCAUGGCCUAGGGUCAGAGGCCACUGGGGCGCCCUCUCUGGAUCCCCAGGGGCCUCUCGCGCAGCCCUCGCCUACCCGCGGCGCCGGAACUUCGUAGCAGCUCUUCUUUCCGGGUUGGCGGUCCGUCUGAACCGGGUUGGCAAGCGGGCCGGGGGCGGGGUGACGCGGAGCAGCCCCAGGCCGGAGCCUCGUGGGCUUGGGCGGCGCGGAGCGCGACCGACCACCUGUGCGCGCCGUCGGCCACCUGUGCGCGCCGCCGCCGCGGCGUGGCUAGGGAGGGCCGUGAUCCGGUCCCCGAGCGCCAUGAAGCCCAACAUCUCUCUGCGACUGAGAGUCUUCAACCUCAACUGCUGGGACCUUCCCUACCUGAGCAAGCACCGGGCUGACCGCAUGAAGCGCUUGGGAGACUUUCUGAACUCGGAGAGCUUCGACCUGGCCCUCUUGGAGGAGGUGUGGAGUGAGAAGGACUUCCAAGACCUGAAGCAGAAGCUGGCUGUGCCCUACCCAGCUGCACACUACUUCAGGAGCGGAAUCAUUGGCAGUGGCCUCUGUGUCUUCUCCAAACACCCAAUCCAGGAAAUCAGCCAGCAUGUGUACACCCUCAAUGGCUACCCCUACAUGGUCCAUCAUGGUGACUGGUUCUGUGGGAAGGCUGUGGGGAUGCUGGUGCUCCAUCUCAGUGGACUGGUGCUGAAUGUCUAUGUGACCCAUCUGCAUGCUGAAUACAAUCGACAGAAGGACAUCUACCUAACACAUCGCGUGGCCCAAGCUUGGGAACUGGCCCAGUUCAUCCACCACACAUCCAAGAAGGCAGACGUGAUUCUGUUGUGUGGGGACCUCAACAUGCACCCAGGAGACCUGGGCUGCUGCCUGCUGAAGGAGUACACAGGCCUGCAUGAUGCCUACCUUAGCACCCAAGACUUCAAGGGCCCUGAAGGUGGCUGUACCAUGAUAAAGCACAACUGCUACGUCAGCCAGCAGGACCUGGGCCCAUUUCCCUUUGGCAUCCGGAUCGACUAUGUGCUGUACAAGGCCGUUCCUGGGUUCUACAUCUCCUGUAAGACUCUCAGGACCACUACUGGCCAUCACCCUAACCACGGAACCCCAUUCUCUGAUCACGAGGCCCUCAUGGCAACUUUCUAUGUGAGGCAUGGCCCCCCUCAGAACCCUGGCCCCCCCCAUGGCCCAGCUGAGAAGCCAUCGCUAAGAGUGCUGAAGGAGGCCUGCAUGGAGCUGGGCCUGGGCAUCUCUCGAGCUCGCUGGUGGACCGCCUUUGCUAGCUACAUGAUUGGCCUGGGGCUGAUUCUUCUCAUGUUACUGUGUGUCCUGGCAGCCAGGGAAGGAGCCAGUGAAGCAGCCAUACUGUUCUGGAGCCCCAGUGUAGGAUUGGUGCUAGGGGCAGGCGCAGUGUUCCUUUUCCACAUCAAGGAAGCCAGAGGCUUACGUAGUGUCCAGGCCGAGCUCCAGCAUGCACUGAGAAAGGCAAAGGAGUCCCAUGACCUGGCCCCAGUGCCUCAGCUAGCCCCAUUCCUGGGGCUGCCAGAGGGGGACAGAGUCGAGGAACAAUAAAGCUUGACACUU